UGCCGCAGACCCGGAAAUGAUAGUGUGCCACACGUGUCAGGGUUUGUAAACAACGGUGUAGUAGGCUUAUAUUACCAGAUAGGUUUAGGAGACAGUGAGCUGUGGAGGUCAUAGUAGACAUGGAUACAGACCUAGCGGGGCGUGUGCAGGAGCGGGACGUUGUGAUACUGGACGGAGGGGUCGGGACCUCUGUAGUUGUUCACUUACACGGUGCCACAGCGUUGUCAUGGAAAUGUGAUGGGAAAGAAAUAUUAUUCCUCAGUAAAAAAGCCGUACUGGAUAAUUCAAAGGCCAUACGUGGAGGGAUACCAUUAGUUUUCCCUCAGUUCGGACCCUGGACAUGCGGUCCCCAGCAUGGAUUUGCCAGGAACAAGCGAUGGAGUGUGGAAUCGCAGCCACAAAAGGCGGACGGGACAGUGACUUGUUCCCUAGCUCUGUCGGAUGACGAGGACACUAGGAAGAUCUGGAACUAUCGGUUUAAGUUAGUGUACACUUUGGAAUUGACCAAAUCUUCGCUAUCUACAAGACUUACCGUCGACAAUACAGGAAGCGAGGGUUUUACAUUUACCACAUUGAUGCAUUCCUACUUCCUCACGCCGGAUAUCGCCACGACCACUGUCCGUGGGUUGAAGGGACUGAAUUACGUAGACAAGGUGAAAAACGGUCAGGAGCUCCAGGAAGAUCGAGACAAAGUCACCAUUCCCCAGAAUUAUGACAGAGUGUACCAGAAGUGUCCAAGUACUGUAUCCAUGGAGUGUAGUUCCCACACCGUAUCGGUGAACCUCUCCAACUUCACAGACGUUGUUGUGUGGAAUCCCUGGAGCGAGAAGGCUAGGGCCAUGUCAGACUUCGGGGACGAGGAGUACAGCACUAUGGUGUGUGUUGAGGCGGGACGCGUGAGCUGUCCCGUACAGAUAGCCGCCGGUCAGCAACUAGCCUUCCAGCAGACGCUCCAAGUCCAGGCUAAACUCUAGAUGGAGAGUGUACAGUUGACACCUAAAAUGCCUACCGUAUCUGGACGUAAAUCAUCUAAUGUUGACUAAAUUACCUAGAUCAUUGAAUUCCAACUCUUGUUAUUUUUAUAGUACUAUAAUCUUCGUUAUAAAAUUGUUAAUGGUUGAUUUUUUGUUCCCUCAAGGAAAUUAUUUAACUUGUAGUAUAUCGUUCUGUUCUGUGUUGGUAGAGUAGCUGUUUAGAGUGAAACAUUCCAAAAGACACUGAAGACCUCAAGAGGUCCUAAAGAACUGCCACCUAUACUUUAUUCACAUGUUCCAUUGUCACCAUCACAUUUGCCACAAUAUCUGACACAAUUAAACUUUAUAUAAUUACUUCUGAUUUUCACUAUCCUAAAAGACACACUUUCUGACCUCAAAACACUCCUAACUUCACUAACAUUACUACACCAUUGAAACGUUAGACCAAACUAGAAAUACCAGACAAAUGUUACGAUAUUAUAUUAUAAAAACAAACUCUUAUGAUCUGAAACAAUCAAAAACCAAAACGUACCAAUACAAAAGGAAUCAUUCAAUUAACAAAUCCUAUCAGAUACUUCUAUACACAGUGGCAUUGUUACUAAUGUAUUAUACGUCUCUGCUAAUAUACAAUACACAGUUGUUUACAUUUAUGCAUGCUACUGUUCUACUUUUUGUUUAGUAUAUUUAUGCGGAAUUUUAACCUUUUUCUUUGGUAGCGAUAUAUGUACUACCUAGGGUGUAUAUGUUGUAUUUAGUACACUUUGGUAGCGAUAUAUGUACUACCUAGGGUGUAUAUGUUGUAUUUAGUACACUUUGGUAGCGAUAUAUGUACCACCUGGGGUGUAUAUGUUGUAUUUAGAAGACUUUAUUUUUUCUAAUAAAAGUAGUAGAACUUCUCA